AGAAAUCUUUAUUCAAUCAGAAUAUAUUAAAACAAAAAUUCAAUUGAAUAAUCGAUGUAAUUCAAUACAACAAAUAAUGAAUUCAACAUUUCAAACUUAUUCAUAUCUUCAUCGUAUUAAAUAUUAUCCAUAUUUUUGUCGACAAUAUAAAGAAUUAAUGUGUUUUUAUGAUGAAAAUUAUAUGUGUCUAUGUCAAGGGCAAAGUGCUGGCUCCAAGCAUCAAAUUUUACUAAAAGGUGCCGAAGGUGCUGAACAGGUACCGAAGUUUAGUUAUGCCAGCGUUCACUCAACCGCUAACAGAAAAAAGAAUAUUUUGCCUGAAGACAUUUUCAAUUAUAACAAUGAUCUAUUUUAUGAAUUUAUUAAACAAGCAUAUGGAAGUGAUAUUGCUGAAUUAUUCAGCUUUCAAGCAAUCAGGAAUGCAGCACUUCUUCUCGAUACAUCGUGUGAAGAUAUUCUAUUGGUUUUACAACAAGAAUCUGAUGACAUUGAUGCAUUAAAGAAAAUGUGUUGUUUCAAAGUUGCUGGUAAUAAGCAUCAAGUUAAACUAGGUGUCAAACUGGCAAUUAACAAUUUAAUUCAAUCGUUAAAGUUAAAACAAGAACAAAGUAAAAAAAGAAAGAGAUCUUCAAAUCAAGGUCUAUCUUCAAAUAUUAAUGCUGUAACACCAAUCAAUCAAGCACAAAUACAAAAUACAGUAACUCCAUUAAAAUCAACAUUAUCUUCUUCAUCAACGACGGGCACAUCAUCAAUUCAAUCAGCAUUAACACCAAUGCAACGAAAAUUAGAUGAACUUGGCCAUACAGCUGAUAUUGAAGAACGAAUAAAUCGAUGGUGGAUUAUUAAUAAUGAUGAUGAACAUGCGAGUUUAGAACAAGGUGUUGAUUACUUUUUAGCAAUCAACAAAUCGUCAAGUAACAUAUAUACUUGUGUUUUAUCAUGUAAAUGUCAUACUCGUUUUAAAUUACCAUUUAUGACACCGGGAUUUUUCAAGAUAUCAUCAUCUUAUCGACAUUUAAAGGAAAAGCAGUGCAUGCAACUUUUGAAUGUAAGACCUGAAAAAGAAAAUGAUUUACUUGAUGGUGAAACUUCAAAUCAAUCAAAAGCAGUGCAUAAUGUCUCAAAGUCAUCAAGAGUCGAAUCACAGCAAGCUAAAAAAGUAACACAUACAAUUACAUCAAAACGAAUUCGAUCACCAUCAAUAGAAACAUCAUCAGAUCGUCAUGGUGUUAUCAAAAAAAGAAUUCAAAAUUUUACAUCAAGCACGAUGCAGACUUCUCAAGAAUAG